AUGAGUACUCUGAACAACGUCGAAUCAGUUAACGAGGGCAGCGGCUUCAAGCCCUCUGUUGCUCCCGAAGGGCCAAUGACCACCAAGGGCCACCAACCCGGUCGCAAGGUCAACGAGGCCGACCAGCGGCCGACGUUCGAGGCGCAGACUUUCCCAGAGGGCACCGCGCCAGCAAGCAGCUCGCACGUGCCGAACCCCAUCUCCAACCCCGGCAGCCAGGCUCUCAACCCGGACGUGCUCCGCGCCCACGGCAAGGAGUCCGUGCACACAGCGCCGGGAGACACGCUCACGGGUUCCACCUCAGCAGACGUACACCGUGGCUUGGGUAAGCCGGUGCAAGGGCAGACGAGCACCGAGAUCCGACACGAAGGCGCCCACGGCCGCAAAAAGCAGCCCUCCGGUCUCGAGGGGGUUGGCGCCAACUAUGAUGACCGUGGAAUCGAGCGCCAGUUCCCGGACCAGCGCGGGCUGGAGAAGGAGCAGAAUGUGAGUGGUCUGCGUGGGAACAAGGCCGAGCGUGCGGCGGAGGAUAUGGAUCCCAAUUCAGCGUGA